AAAAACGAAAAUGAAAUAAAAACUAAAUAAUUUUUCUAAAAAAAAACAUUAAAGUUUACCAAUUUUUUGUCUGCCAAUUCUUUUCGAAACAAACGAAGAUGAAAUCAUUGAGCGCAUCAAUUUUGUCGAUAUUGUUGAUUGUUAUUAUCAACAAUGUUGUUAAUGGACAAUUGAUUAUCGAUGAAAAUGAUCCAACCGGAAAACGUAUAAUACAUUUAUUAAUGGAUGCCAUUAAUGAUUAUCAACAUAAUAAACAACAUGAUAAUCAUCAAUAUCAAUUAAAACGUUUAGUGUAUACGUUUGGUGAAUCACCAAAAUAUUCAGUUGAAUUAUAUGUUACUGAUUCAUCCACAUCUACACAGAUCCUAUCCUGUACAGUUGAAUUAUUUGAACAUGAAUCAUCCGAUCAUAAAACAAUGUCCUAUACAACUGGUCAAGUUAAUUGUCAUCCAAAACAAUAAAAUUGAUCAUUGAUCGAUGAUCCCUUCGGUUAAUGUUGACAAUUUUCUUUUUCCAUUUUUUUCUGGCUAAUUUCAAUAACAUAACAUUUUCAAUUUCUCUAUUCUUGUCUGUCACCUGUUGAACAAAUAAAUUUACAUUUAGUUACUUAUCUCGUGACGCAUACCAUUUGACACACAAACACACACACAGAGAAAUAUAAUUAUCCGUUUAUAAUGAUAAUUAAUAAACAAUAAUAAUCAUAAUGUUAA